UCGAGUAUAACUCUAAAAGUGUAAAUCAAACUCAUGUCCCAAAAGACGGUCGAUGGAACCUUCUAAAUAAAAUAGUUGUUCAAGGAAAAAGCCUUGAAAAUUGGUCGGUGUUAGUUUUUAGUACAAAAGUGCCAGCACCGAGCAUAGAACAAUUUAUGCGACAAUUUCGAGAAACUGCAAAUCAAAAGGGUUUGACUUUAUAUCAAGCUUGCUUGGAUGCUCGAAUCAAUAAAGAACUACCUCCGCAACUAGUUUUUUGUAUAAUGGAACAAACUGGUCCUUUAUAUGGUGAGAUAAAGCGCGUGGGUGAUACCAUGUUAGGCGUACCUACCCAAGUCCUCUUGUCAAAACUUAUCACCAAGCGGUCAGGACUUGAUCAAGUUUGUGCAAAUAUAUCCCUUAAAGUAAAUGUAAAGUUAGGAGGGAAAAACAGUUUGCUGUCAAGAGGACAACUCAAAUUUAUCUCUCAAGUUCCGACAAUGAUAUUUGGAGCAGAUGUGUUCCAUUCGGGCAGAGGGGAACGUAAACCCAGUGUUGCCGCUGUUUGUGCAUCAAUGGAUAUAGAUGCUGUCGUAUAUUCCGGACGUUAUAGCGUCAAUAAAGUGCCACGCAAUGAAACCAUAGAAAGUCUUGAAGAUAUGGUUAACGAUUUGUUUCGGGCCUUUUGGAAAAGAAAUAAGUCUCUUCCAAAUCGUAUACUCUUUUAUCGUGAUGGAGUUUCAGAAGCACAAUUUCAGCAUGUUUUAAAUAUUGAAGUGAAAGCAAUAAAAGCG